AUAAAUAAAAGAAGAGAAAAGAAAAGAAAAAGAGGUUGACUUUUUAGUGUCAACGUUGCUUUGUUUCCGGCCGUUAAUCCAACGUUAGCCCACAAACGUUAACUUCAAAUAUAGCCGUUGGGAAAUUACAACGGCUAUGUUAAUCAAUUCCCAGAUUAGCUACGUUCUCUUAAAACCCCAAAUUUUCAUCUGAACCUGAAUCCAAUCCAAAUUUCUCCUGCAAAAAGCCCGCUCUCUGAUUUCCUUACUUUCCUUCCUGAAAUCAGAGACAUUUCCAUCUUCAUCUCCCUUUCUCACUCUCGUUAUCGUGUCAAAAGCAACCCACAAAUCAAGAUGAAUGAUUUGAUGACAAAAUCGUUUACCAGCUACGUGGAUCUGAAAAAGGAAGCUAUGAAAGAUCUGGAAAAGGGUUUAGAUCUCGAAAUGGGUAUGACCCAGAUGGACCAAAACCUCAGUUCCUUUCUUGAAGAGGCAGAGACGGUGAAAGGGGAAAUGAACUCAAUUAGGGAAGUCUUGGUUCGAUUCGAAGCGGCCAAUGAGGAGGGAAAAUCACUCCACAAGUCUGAGGCUUUGAAAUCACUGAGAAAUCGUAUUAAUGCUGAUAUUUUGGCUGUGCUGAAAAGGGCUAAGAAGAUUAGGUCCCAGCUUGAGGAAAUGGAUAGGUCUAAUGCCUUAAGCAGGCGUCUUUCUGGAUGUAAAGAGGGAACCCCUGUUGAUAGGACGAGGACUGCUGUGACUAAUGGGCUCAGGAAGAAGCUUAAGGAGUUGAUGAUGGAUUUUCAGACUUUGAGGCAGAGGAUGAUGAGUGAGUAUAAGGAGACAAUUGGGAGAAGGUACUUUACUGUAACUGGGGAGAACCCUGAUGAAGAGGUGAUUGAUAAGAUCAUUUCCAGUGGAAAUGGACAUGGUGGUGAAGAAUUUUUGUCUAGGGCCAUUCAGGAACAUGGGAGAGGAAAAGUGCUGGAAACAGUGGUUGAGAUACAGGACAGAUAUGAUGCAGCAAAGGAGAUAGAGAAGAGUUUGCUGGAGCUGCAUCAGAUAUUCCUGGAUAUGGCUGUGAUGGUAGAAACACAAGGGGAGCAUUUGGAUGACAUUGAGCAUCAUGUCCUGAAUGCUGCUUCAUAUGUGAAAGAUGGAAGCAAGAACCUCAAAACUGCAAAAGAUUAUCAGAGGAGCAGCAGAAGGUGCAUGUGCAUUGGGAUCAUACUCCUGCUUGUGAUCAUCCUUGUUAUCAUCAUCCCCAUUGCAACCAGUUUUAGCAAGUCUUAAAGAAUUUGCUGUUGGUUGUGUUAGAAGAAAUCUUUGUCUGUAAUUCUUUCAUUUGUUUGAUUCUCCUUGUAGUGUAAUAUAGUGUACUAAGCUCUGUCUCUAUGAGAGCAGUCCUUGUUGUUAGGACAAAUUAUUGCUUGUUGUAGCCAUGAUUGGCCUUAGAAGUAAAGUGUUUUUUUAAUGAAGGCAACUUCAUCAAAACCAUUAUAGUUCAUUUCCUUAUUUCACUGUUCUGCAACCAAUUUUCUCAUCAUAUUUAUAACAGUGGUGAAGAAGAACUGAAUUGAU